CAACGUAAUGAAGAAUGGUCUCAAGCAAAUGACAGGAUUGAUUGGCGAUCUACUUGGUUAUACUUUAACCAUAAUCGCAAACCUACCUAUAAUAUUACAAACUUCAAACUUAAUCAACUCAAAUCAUUCAAAAUCAAAACUCUAUUAAAUGAACUACCUACUCAUUCACUUCACCAUACUCUUUAUCCUACUAUUUUUCAAAAUACUAAUUGUUUCCAUUGUGGAGCAUUAGAUUCCUCUUUACAUUGGCUUAAAUGUUCUAAUUCAACACUACUUCAAUAUAUAAUUAAUACCGGUAUCAAUAAUUAUAUCAACUCUACUGAACUAGACUUGUCAGCAGACCAGAAGGCUAAUCUUAUCAACCAACUACAACAUCAUGAGGCAUUUGAUGCU